UUCGUGAUCGCAAUUCGUGCUUUAAUGGACGUCCGAUAUUUGGCGCAGUCUCCCGAACCUGACGACAACUUACUCGCAUCUAUUGACAGAUCACUCGCACUAUUUCAUGAUAAUAAAGAUGUUAUCAUGACACUAGGCGCUCGGAUGGGUGCGAAGAGAGUGAUUGACAAUUGGCACAUACCCAAGCUAGAGCUCAUGCAGAGCAUUACCACUAGCACAUGCCAAGUUGGUGCCCUCAUCCAGUGGUCUGCAGACGCAACUGAACAUGCACACAUCUCCGAAAUCAAGGACCCAGCGCGACGUACUAACAACAACGAUUACGAUCCCCAGAUCUGUCGUCACUUAGAUCGAGAAGAGAAACUGCAUCAUUUUGCAGUUGCUACAUCUCUCAAGAGCUCUCCCACAGAUCCCGAUCUCGAAGAACUCUGUGAGGAUGAAGGAGAUGAGGACAAGGACAAGGACAAGGACAAGGACAAGGACAAGGACAAGGACAAGGACAAGGACAAGGACAAGGACAAGGACAAGGACAAGGACAAGGAAGAAAAUGGGGAGAAUGAUGAACCGAUGGAUCCGCGAACCGCACUCUUAGAGGAACUGAAUCACACACGUACCACUUCCAACUACUUCAGCAAAAUAAGAAUGUCGGCUGCUACAAGGCAUGGAAUUCCUCAGGCUCACCCUCCUCGUACGUUCCUUGCUGGCAGCACUGCCAUUCAUCUUAAUUGUAACCCCACCUACACUGGCUUGAAAAUUGACGAGGUUGCUGAUCAAUUUAACAUCCUGGAUCUGCGGCACGCUCUCUCAGACUUCUUUCAACGUGAUGCGAGGAAUGGAGAUGGAGUUUUUGGAGUGGGGGUUCCAAGAAGAUCGCUGAUCGACCACCCUCUGAAUAUUCCUUUCGAACGUGUUCAAGUAUGGCAUACUGUUCGCUUGCAGCAAGCUUGUCUUCACGAUCCAAGUAUUGUUUUACCUGCACAAACCAUGCAUGCAUCUCCCGCACACCCUGGGUGGCCAAAAGGUCGACAAGAUGUUGCCAUUUUCAACGUCAAUAGUGCGCAUGAUUGGCCUGAGUCAGGGUUAAUGGGUCACGCUGUCUGUGAACUGCAACUUAUCAUGCGCCCAAUACCUCGACGAGGCUCACGUAUUACAUGGUGUGAUCGAUAUCUUUGUUAUGUGCGCAGCUUCAAGAUUGGUGCGGUUGAUCCUGUCACUGAAAUGCACACAUUGACAUGCACAAAACAUGUCAAUGGUACUCUGGUGGGAGAUAUUGUUCCUCUAACACAAAUUCGAGCAUUCAUCAGCAUCAUCCCGAAACUGGGUGCUGCAGCGGAUCCUAGGUUGACUAAGUCUACUUCUGCACAUUAUCAUUCCUCAUUCUAUUUGAAUAAGUACUUUGAUAAGCAAAUUUAUGAUAGCCUGUACUAUGCGUCGCAAGGAUAG